AUGAGUUCGCCUGGUCCGAAUACUGCCAAUAGCGGCAGCUGUACUGCUCCUAAGAAGUCCAAGAAAGUCAGAAAAGGACAAACAGACGAAGAGUUUCUAGCGCAGAAAACGCAGUUUUUCAAAGACGGUCCGUUCAUCAAUAGCGAGGACUGGCUCUACGAUGCAACCACUGAAAACUCACAGAAAGAGUUGAAUGAAAAGCAAAAGGCCGACCGCGUUAUCAUGCUCCAUGCUGUAGAAAGGGAAUACUAUAGCCGAAACUACUUGCGAUGUCUUGAACUUAUCCACAGGGCUGAAGUGUUGUUCGAUGUGAGCGAUGAGGAAACAACCGAGCACUUGGAGCAUGAGUACCAGUCAGCAGGCAUCGUCACUAAGAAGAGUGCAAAGAUAGAAAAGCACAUCUUGGAGUUGUUGCAAAUCAAGGAAAAGUGCCUCAAGAGGCUAGCCGAAGCUGAAGCACUGGAAUGA